AUGUGCUCAAGAAGCUUUGUGUUCUUGUGGCUCCAAGAUCAAGCAAAUUGUGGUGAUAACCGCAGACCUCGUGGUACUGAUGCUCUUUGCAAGAAGAUACAUCGUAAAAAGCUUGCUAAGCAUUCUCCUAAUCACGACAGCAACGAUAGUUCUACAGAUGAUAACAACAUCAAUAUCGACAUAGAUAGCGAUAGUGACAGAGAUAGAAAUGAUAACAAUCGCCGCAAACCUACUGUGACAACAUUUUCUGGCUGCAGAACGUGUGGUACCACUGCAGCUGCAACUGGUGUGGCAUUAGCAACUUGGAGUGCAAACUCGUCUACUUCUGUCGCCAAUGUUUAA